UCACAGUCUCUCCUUCUCUCAUUUUCGCAGCCGGGAAAAGAAAAAAACUUGUCAUCCCCUUCGACGAUGCCGGCGAAAGAGAGGACGGCGAAGGUCAGCAGAAACCCUGAUCUGAUCAGGGGAGUUGGUAAAUACUCGAGGUCGCAGAUGUACCACAAGAGAGGUCUCUGGGCUAUCAAGGCCAAAAACGGCGGCGUUUUCCCUCGCCACGACGCCAAGUCCAAGGCUGAUGCUCCGGUGGAGAAGCCUCCGAAGUUCUAUCCAGCUGAAGACGUGAAGAAGCCUCUCGCCAACAGACGCAACCCAAAACCCACCAAGCUCAGAUCAAGCAUCACUCCAGGGACAGUGUUGAUUAUUCUUGCUGGUCGGUUCAAGGGCAAGAGAGUUGUCUUCUUGAAGCAGCUUUCUUCUGGUUUGCUUCUUGUGUCCGGACCGUUCAAGAUCAAUGGUGUUCCUUUGAGACGUGUUAACCAGUCUUAUGUGAUCGGCACGUCCACAAAGGUUGACAUCUCUGGAGUAAGCCUUGAUAAAUUUGAUGAUAAGUAUUUUGGAAAAGUUGCUGAGAAGAAGAACAAGAAGGGAGAAGGAGAGUUCUUCCAAGCAGAGAAAGAGGAGAAGAAGGAGAUUCCACAAGGGAAGAAAGAUGACCAGAAGGCUGUGGAUGCAGCUUUGAUCAAAGCCAUUGAAGCAGUUCCUGAGCUGAAGACUUAUUUGGGCGCCAGGUUCUCAUUGAAACAAGGGAUGAAGCCACAUGAGCUUGUUUUCUAGAUUUCAAGGCCUGUUUGUCUCCUUUAGCUUUUAACAUCUGAACGGUUGGUCUUGCUCUUGUUUCUUGUUCACCGAUCAUAGACAAUUUUCGGCUUCUUGUUUUACAUAUUUAUAUUUUAUAUAUCAUGUUCUUGAA